GUAGCCCACGCAAAUAGAUUCUAACUCGUUCAAGCUUUUGUUUUGAACCGUAGUGAAUACCGGAUGUUGCCGUAAUUUACAUAAGAGCUAACGUACUGCUUGAUAAGCGACGUGAGUAGCUGCGUUUCGCAGAAUAUUCCAGAGGUUCACAAACCCCCGAGAGGACUUUCCAGAAGGAUCUCCUCUGUGUCUGACACACCGGCGCUGUUCACGUCUUCAGUGUUCACCUGUGCUCAUCUUUGAGACUACCUUUUAGAGAUCUGCUGUAAUCGAUACACCGCCAGCUAUCGAUCACCGUUCACUGCGGCAACUGGACGAUUAGCGUUGGGUUUAUGUCUUUGUUUUGUGAAAACGAGCUGUUGCGCAGCCGUUGGAACCUGUGUGGUAGAAGUCUAACCUUCAAGCAAGGACCUUGCGGCCACAGCGGCACAGCGUUUUUCAUGUCAGAGACCGAGCACGCUUGCAGUCGUUUAUGUCAUCCCUUCUUUUCCAGACAGAAGAUCCCGAAAAAUCCCCAACCAAGAUCCUUUUAUCUUACUGAUAGUACUAACAUUCAGCCAAAAUGUCUGUCAACGUCAACCGCAGCGUGUCAGACCAGUUCUAUCGCUACAAGAUGCCCCGUCUGAUUGCGAAGGUUGAAGGCAAAGGAAAUGGAAUCAAGACGGUCAUUGUCAACAUGGUUGAUGUUGCUAAGGCUCUGAACAGGCCUCCAACAUACCCAACCAAGUUUUUUGGUUGUGAACUCGGCGCUCAGACCCAGUUUGAUGCCAAAAACGAUCGCUACAUCGUAAAUGGAUCUCACGAGGCGAACAAGUUGCAGGAUAUGCUUGAUGGGUUCAUCAGGAAAUUUGUGCUGUGUACCGAGUGCGACAACCCUGAAACUGAUCUGCAUGUCAAUCCCAAGAAACAAACCAUCGGCACUUCCUGUAAGGCUUGUGGAAACCGCGGCAUGCUAGACACCAGACACAAACUCUGCACAUUCAUCCUCAAAAACCCACCAGAGAGCACUGACAGUGGGUCUGCAUCUGCAAAGAAAGAGAAGGAAAAGAAGAACCGCAAAAAAGACAAGGAGAAUGGCUCGAGCGGUGGCGAGGCUGGUAACCAAGACAACAUUGAUGCCCCUGAAGCUGUGGAUAGAGACGAUGAUGAUGAAGACUGGGCAGAAGAGACAACUGAGGAGGCUCAAAGGCGUCGAAUGGAGGAGAUCAGUGACCAUGCCAAGAACCUCACGCUCAGUGAAGACCUGGAGAAGCCUCUGGAGGAGAGGGUCAACCUCUUCUACAGCUUUGUGAAACAUAAGAAGGAAAGUGGAACCAUCGAUGCGGCUGAUAAGGAAGUCUUGGCGGAGGCGGAGCGUCUGGAUGUGAAGGCCAUGGGCCCCCUCAUCCUCAGUGAGCUCCUCUUCAACGAGAACAUCCGGGACCAGAUCAAGAAGUACAAACGCCACUUCCUGAGAUUCUGUCACAACAACAAAAAAGCCCAGAAGUAUCUGUUGGGAGGCUUUGAGUGUCUGGUGAAGCUCCACCAGGUCCAGCUGCUGCCACGCGUCGCCAUCAUCCUCAAGGACUUGUACGACGCGGACCUGCUGGAGGAGGACGUCAUAUUUGCCUGGGCCGAGAGGGUUUCUAAGAAGUAUGUCUCCAAGGAACUUGCCAAAGAGAUACACGCCAGGGCUGCUCCUUUUGUCAAGUGGCUCAAGGAGGCAGAGGAGGAGAGUGAAGGCAGUGAGGAAGAGAAGGAGGAAGAAGAUGAGAACGUUGAGGUGGUGUACUCUUCCUCUGCCCGCGAGCUCAAAGUUGAGACUGUGAAACCAGACACGCCUGAGAAGGAAGAAGAAGAUAUUGACAUUGAUGCAAUCUGACAAAUUUGGAUGCUUCUGCUUUUCUCUUGUGUUGUGGUUUUGGCUCACAAUGCCCUGUACAACAUCAAAUGCUUGGCUUUUCCUUCGACUCCCACCCACAGUUAGCCAGCCGCCCCCUCCCGCUUCAUGGCUUGAUAUAAUAUAAUGCUUUAUUUGCUGCAAAGUAACUCAUUCUAAUCUGUAUUCAUUUAAUUAGAUGUGUGGAGUUUACUCAAAGGUGUAUGAAUCUUUGUGACUCUACCCCAUCUCCCCCUUUUUUGUAGCUUUUUUUGUCAAUAAAGAUUUUUUGCUAUCCACCUCAA